AUGUCGGUCAUCCUCGGUGGGAAGUGGGCAGAUUUGAAGGUUGAGAACGAUCGUCUCAGAGACGGGAUCGCUGCCGCAAGUCGAAGAUGCGCAGAACUGGAGCGAGAGUUGGCAGAGGCCCGCUCCGAUAAGUCAAGCUUGUCGGCUCAAGUAGAAGCUCGAACCACCGAGGUUGAGGAGAAGGAAAAUGCGCUACAUGAGAUGAGUGAGGCCCAUAGGAGCAUCACAGAUCGACUAGAAAGAACAACCCAUGAGCUGCACGACUUGAAGGCCGAAUGCCAGGAGUUGAAAAGUUUGAUCAUGAACAAGGAUCGCGAGCUUGGGGAACUACACGAGGUGAAAUCUCACAGUGACGAAGUUGCUGAGAAGCUAGCAAGAGAUCUCGCUGCUCGAGAUGAGCAGGUUGCCCAGCUCACCGACAGCUUGGAAGCUCAGAAGUUCCCUGAGGCCGAGUCAUUCGAACGUAUUCUCGAUAUUCAGAAAACAUUCGAGAAGGCGAGCAAAGACUCUGAGAUAUUAAGGAAGUUGAACCAGCAGAAGGAUGUGAAAAUCGCCACGUUGACGAAGGAGAAGUCCCGACUGAUUGAACGACUGUAG